AUGGGCCGCGCCCUCGUCACCGCGGCGGUCAUGGCUGCGCUAUGCCUGGCGAUGCCUCCCGUUGAGGCCAGCGCCCGCCGCGCGCUGCGCCAGCUGAGUGGCACGACUGGCACUGUCAACGGCGUCAUCACCGGCGGCGCCUCUAACACCGCCACGGGCGUGCUCACCAGCACCCCCACAAACACCGUUGGUGGCGCGGCGGGCAGUGGCGAAACUGUAGUCACCACCGCCCAAGGCGGCCCCAGUGGCGCAGCGGGCGCGGCGGGUGUUGCAGUGGAUGGCGUGGCGUGCGAUGGCAGCAGGGUACCCCCCACCGAUCCUGCAGCCAGGAAUGCCAUCUUUACCGCGGACACCUUCAUCUUCACAGGGACGUCGGCCGCCGCCACCACCGCCAGAACCGCCACCAACGCUGCGGCAGAUGCCGCCAGCACUGCCAGCAACCUCAACCAGCGUACUGGUGCGACUGGCACCGUCAGCGGCCUCACUGGCGGCGCCUCGAACACCGCCGCAGGCUUGGUCAUCAACACCGCCUCGGGCACAAUUGGUGGUGUGCCAAAAGUCACCGGCACCGUCCCUAGCACCGUCUUCAGCGCCGUCCGAGGCCCUGUGGGUGCAGCUGCUGUUGGUGCAGUUUUCACCGCCCAGGACGGUGUCAAGGGCGUGACGUGCGGCGGCAGCGGGGUGCCCCUCAUCAACUCCGUCGGCCAAACUGCCACCACUUCCACAAUCAGACUCGCCAACGGGGGCAUCGCGAACACCUUCUACAUCGACAGCGUUGCUGACAACACUGCAAGAUCUACCGCCAGCACUGUUGGUGGCUUGAACAGCGGACCUGCCGGCCGCCGCCUCAGCCAGCUGGGGGUGUGA